ACGAAGCUGCCAGCGGUCUCGGCUGCAGCCGCCGCCGCUGCUCGGUACGCGGGCGCGCCCUGACCCUUCCUCUUUGGGCAGGCUCAGGGGCGCGCGCGCGGUCUGCGUCCCGGGGCCUCGAACUCCAGGGCCUCGACUAGGCAGGCCGCGGAUCGCCAGCCUGCCCGGCGUGCGAGUCGGCCGGGACCCGGCCGCCGCCAGCCGCGGGCGCCACUGGAGCGGCGGCGCCCGAAGACGUGCCCCAGUCUCGAAGAACAGCCCUGGGCGGUCGCCUCGUUUUCUGCAGCCAAGCGGCGGAUGUUCUUUUAAAGAAUAUUGAAGACGAAGUUUUUUGUUUUCUUUUGGUUUUUUGUUUUUUAAUGGCUUUACAGAAUUUUAAAUUGAAUACAAUUUGACAUGACGGCAAAAAAUGUUGGUUUGACUUCUACAAAUGCAGAAUUAAGAGGAUUUAUAGAUCAGAAUCUCAGUCCAACAAAAGGUAACGUUUCAUUUGUUGCAUUUCCAGUUUCCAGCACCAACUCACCAACAAAGAUUUUACCAAAAACCUUAGGACCAAUAAAUGUGAAUGUUGGACCCCAAAUGAUUAUAAGUACACCACAGAGACUAACCAGUUCAGGAAGUGUUCUGAUUGGGAGUCCAUAUACCCCUGCACCAGCAAUGGUUACUCAGACACACAUAGCAGAAGCUACUGGCUGGGUCCCUGGUGAUAGAAAACGGGCUAGAGAAUUUAUAGACUCUGAUUUUUCAGAAAGCAAACGAAGCAAAAAAGGAGAUAAAAAUGGAAAAGGCUUGAGACAUUUUUCAAUGAAAGUGUGUGAGAAAGUUCAGCGGAAAGGCACAACAUCAUAUAAUGAAGUAGCUGAUGAGCUGGUGUCCGAGUUCACCAAUUCCAAUAACCAUCUGGCAGCCGAUUCGCAGGCUUAUGACCAGAAGAACAUUAGGCGAAGGGUUUAUGAUGCUUUAAAUGUGCUAAUGGCAAUGAACAUAAUUUCAAAGGAGAAAAAAGAAAUCAAGUGGAUUGGCUUGCCUACCAAUUCUGCUCAGGAAUGUCAGAACCUGGAGAUCGAGAAGCAGAGGCGGAUAGAACGGAUAAAGCAGAAGCGGGCCCAGCUUCAGGAACUUCUCCUGCAGCAAAUCGCUUUCAAAAACCUGGUACAGAGAAAUCGGCAAAACGAACAGCAGAACCAGGGCCCUCCAGCUCUGAACUCCACCAUUCAGCUGCCAUUUAUAAUCAUCAAUACAAGCAGAAAAACAGUCAUAGACUGCAGCAUCUCAAGUGACAAGUUUGAAUAUCUUUUUAAUUUUGACAAUACCUUUGAGAUUCAUGAUGACAUAGAAGUGCUGAAGCGGAUGGGAAUGUCCUUUGGCCUGGAGUCAGGCAAAUGCUCCUUGGAGGAUCUGAAACUUGCUAAAUCACUGGUGCCAAAGGCUUUAGAAGGUUAUAUCACAGAUAUCUCCACAGGACCGUCGUGGUUAAAUCAGGGACUGCUUUUGAACUCUACCCAGUCAGUUUCAAACUUAGACCUGACCGCUGGUGCCACCUUGUCCCAAUCAAGUGCAAACCAAGGGUUGUGCUUGGAUGCUGAAGUGGCCUUAGCAACGGGGCGGCUCCUGGCCGCAGACACUCACCGGUCCGGCAGUGCGGCCUCCCACUGCUCUGAGUCCCGAGGCGAGACCCCCUGUUCCCUCAACGACGAGGACGAGGACGAGGACGAGGAGGACUCCUCCUCCCCAGAAUAAAGACAGGCGCAGACCCACGUUCUGCUCUUUGAUGCUCAUGUGUGUUUUUAGUGUGAGCUCUUGUGUUUGAAACGAUUGCUUCGGUCUUUGCCUUUGUUUGCACUGUGUGUUCAGUGAAAACUAGGGAAACACAAUAAGCAAAUUACCUGAAGGCUGAGAGGAUUGAGGUGAAAGUUAACGUAGUGUGAAUGAAAACCCUGAACGACAGAGCAGUAGAUCACAUGGCAAACAAAGCACGUACUCGGAGGUGGCAGAGGGGAUAGUCCCUGACUUGGCAGCACGAACGCAGCGCAUUUAUCUUCCGUGAGGUGGGGCGCCGUGGCCCCCAAACCCACGCAGCCCUCCUUAUUGCCGAGGUGGCUCCAUGAACAGUCCCCGACGGCCGUGUGCCCCACGCCCCGCUCCCUGCUCUGGGCUGCCUUUCACGAGGCGGAGCUGAACGCGAGAGGUUCCCGGUGGGAGGAGCUGUACAGCGAGGGAUGGAGACCCUCGUGGCCCAAGGAGCACAGAUUGAACCGCUGAACUAGUUGAAAGUCUAGUCGAGGUGCUUUACGCAUCAGCUGCCUUAGACGGCUUCUAGAAAGGAGCGAACGCUAAUUCUUGAGUACUUAAGUGACAUUUAGAAUAAUUUAUAGUCAAACUGAAAUGAUCACUAUUAGCCAAUGCAUUGGUGCAUAGAAUUUUCUAGGGCUACUUCUGGAAGCCAAAAUAGAAUAGCAUUUCCACGUGCAUUAAAUACUUUGCCAGCACUGCCUUUCGCCAGCAACCUAAAUCUGGAGUUUUACAAGAGAAGAAAAUUGCCUC